AUGAAGAUUCCGACGAAGAAGAAAGAUCGAGGAGUUGUCACUAUUCCUUGCAUCAUCGGAGAUAGGUCAUUCAAAAAAGCUCUUAUUGAUCUAGGAGCCAGUGUGAGUCUCAUGUCGUUAUCCAUUUACAAGAAACUGGGUAUAUGGGUUAUGCAAGAUACCGGGAUGACACUCCAAUUCGCCGAUCAUUCGGUUAAGAAACCUUAUGGUAUAUUUGAAGAUGUUCUAGUGAAAAUUGACAAGUUUGUAUUUCCGGUGGAUUUCGUGAUUCUAGAAAUGCCUGAGGAUGAAGAGAUUUCUCUCAUUCUUGGGAGACCUUUUUUAGAGACUGGAAGAUGCUUGAUCAACAUAGAGGAAGGUACUAUGAUUUUGAAGGUUUAUGAUGAGGAAUUAAAAAUUGAUGUUAAAAACACCAUGAAAUACAAAUAUGAUAUUGGCACCAGUCAUACAAUAGAGGUUCUGGAUCAAGUGACUACUUAUGAUAGUCCUUUGAAUGCACCGCAGUUACCUUUGGAAAGAGUGUUGAGUUUGUCCAUUUUUGACGAUGAUAAAGAAGUGGGCAACGGGGAAUCCAAAGUGUUGGCCAUGAUGGACGCACAACCCCCUUGGAAAGGAUCUCGACCAUACCGGUGGGAAGAUUUAUGA